UCGCAUCAAACUGCUGCUGCUGCUUUAUAACGGUUAAAACUCGGAUACUGACUUUGAUUCAGGUUCAGUAUCAGCAUCACAGUAUCAAGUCUGGUUUAAGAGCCACACCGUAAAAAACAAAGACUUGGAUUCAUUUUAAUUAGGCGACAAUGUCGUUUGGCAAGAUUGUGGUGUUACUGGCAAUUAUCCACCUAAACUAUUGCAUGGGAGAUACUAGCUCAUCUUUGGCUAGGACCAUCUACUACCGGAAUAACCCUCCCGAUCCGUUUGGCCACUACAACUUCGAGUUCCAGACCACCAAUGGCAUUACCACCAAAGGAGCUGGGAAUGAAAAUGGUGCCGUCGGAGUGGUUCAGUUUGUAUCCCUUGAAGGUAUCCCAGUGACCUUUUCGUACGUAGCAGAUGCUAAUGGUUAUCAGCCUACUGGAGAUAUGAUUCCUGCUGUUCCGCUGCACGUUAUCCGCCAGUUGGAAUACAUUCGGACGCAUCCUCCUGUGGAUGAACGUCGGUCGAGACGUUGGUAAAAUCUCACCGAUAUCAAAAAUAAUAAUAUAUUAACGCUUAAAUAGCUGUCGAUUGACUGGCCGACGAGCAUCGUUACAGUUGGGGAAUAUUUUAAUUUCGUAUUUAUGUUUAUUGUUUUUUCAUGCAAAUGGAAUAUACGAAAGAACAACAACGCCAGCAACAAAAUCAUGCCAAAAUAUAUAGCAAGCCAAUAAAUAUUCUAGAAAUAUAUAUAUAAAGUACUAGACUUAAUUGAUCUGCAUUCUGGAAGUCCGGAAAGUUUA